CAUGUUGCUGAUAACUCAAUACAGCAAUUGCAAACUCAGAGAGCCGUAAAUGCUAUUAUCAAUAAUGUCUUUUAAAGUCAACGAAGUACCACAACUGCGUACAGGUGCAGGUUAAUUUCGACGGCCAUAAUUAAAUUUUGUCAUGCUGUAUCACUUCUAAAGGCAUUAGCUACCGUAACAAGCUUUAAAUAUUAAAUUGGCCCUUCCGAUUUGUAAAGCACAGAAACAUCAUGUUAGUCGCUCCGACAGCCACCGUUUUCUGUGCAUUUCUCACUGUUUCCCAGAUCAAUGCAGCAUCCUACACUGCGACGCGAAAUCUGGAGGAUUAUUGCGGCCGAACCCUGAGCACAAGCUGCCCGUCCUUGUAUGGAGAAGCUGGAACCCUCAGAUUUUAUUACAUGCCUAGCACGUCAUGCAAAGUGACAGUUUCUCUCAGCAGUUAUUAUUGUGGAACGUCUUAUGAAUACUACAGUAUCUACCUCAAUAUACGCAAAUCCUACAUGCCUUCAAGCUCCAAGAUGGAGAUCUACGACACAUCCAGCGGUCGCACACUGGGAAAGUCGUGGGACGGAGGCUUUAGUCAGGCGCAGAACAGCAAUCCCACCUCCGCUGGCCAGUAUCUCUCCAAAACCACUGGUCGUCCAGAAAUUUCCAUUGAGUUCACUCCAUCCCACUCCUAUCCUCCCACAUCUAGCCAUGAGGUUUAUUUCGAUUAUGUCCUUAUUUCAGACACCUACACAAGGUAUAACUCGCACUGCCCCGCUUUAAACGGUUAUCUUAAUGAUAACAUCAUCUGCGACACAACGGAUGAUCGCGUCAACUGCCCUUCGUCGUACUCCGCCUUGGUGUAUAACAUGGACGCGGCAACAUCCCGCCAAACUUGCUCAACAACGACAACAACUGGACCAACAACAACAAGAACAGCAGCAACAACGACAGCAAAUUACGAUUAUCUCGUGCCCACUCAUGGCGGGCUAAGUGCCGGUGCCAUUGUCGGCAUAGUUGUUGGAUGUGUGGCAUUCGUGGCCAUUGUCAUUGGUGUCAUUGUCGCUUGUGCCCACCGGGCACCGGAAGUGACGGAGCAGAAAAAGGCUUUCACCCACAACGCCUAUUCCGCGAUGCCAGCGGUGGUCUUUACGCAACAAGGCGGCUUUCCGCCGUACCCUUAUCUUGCCAAGAUUUAUGCCCCGGGGCCGUAUCCACCCGGAGCCAUGCCACAAUCAGCAUUUAUCACUACGACUACCACGACGACUAACUAAGGAAUAUACCUUUAGGCUGGUCAUGGCCCAGGCAUGGAAUCGCAGCUGAUUCCACGCGAAAAAUAAUCUUCCUUAUGGGCGUUACAUUAACCUUGGGACACGUUGACAAAAUCUUUGCAUUGGUAGCCGUAGAUUUUCUGGUGUGCAAUGGAAUAUGUUUUCAUGCUUUCGAUAAUUCUUAGUUGAAGAUAAAAACAAAAUAACAAGGAAUCUUUGCCGUGACUUAAUAUUCCCAAAUAUUCUUGAAUUUACAGAGUAAAUUGCUUUAUACUGUACUUUGGGGCCUUGCAAAAAAGAUGAAAACCGACGAGCACGAUUUUCUUUUCUUCCUGGUGACCACUCGGUUACUCUGACGAAGCCGUGGCGUGCGUUUUUGGUUGUUCUCGGUGCUUUGCGCAAGACAGCUGCUCGAGUGCAGACGGUCU